AAGAAGAAGAAGAACUUCCGGGAUAAACAAUAACUUGGGUGAGUGUCCUUGUAAAGGCAUCUGUGUGUGGUUGGUAUGACAGCUUCAAGCGCUUAGAAACACUGGGGUCGGUUCGGUUCGGUUCGGUUCAAUGGCGGCGUCUGCUCACGUCUCUACCAUCCGCUCCCUGUAUAAGAGGAUCCUGGUCCUGCACCGUUUCCUGCCCAUCCACCUGAGGGCCCUGGGAGACCAGUACGUGAAGGAAGAGUUCAGGAGACACAAGAGCGCAGCUCCAGAGGAGGUGAAGAGCUUCAUGACGGAGUGGGAGAACUACAAGAACACCCUGCAGGCCCAGGUUCUGGAGUCAGCAGGGAGGCAGCGUGGCGCCGUGACGUUUGGGGCUGACCUGCCCGAAGAGACUCUCGGUCAGUUCCAGGAAGAACAGAUCGGCCAGCUGUACGAACUCAUGCUGGAGUCCACCAAACCCAACAAACAGUUCGACAUUCAUGAGGACAGCCGGUGAAGAAGAGGAGCACAGAGAAUGGAUGAACAGGAGAUGCUCGAUCUGACUAACUCAUGGUGUUAGUGUAAUAAUUCUGACAUGCAGACUGGACUCUGGGCCCAAAGAGAGGCUCUUAAUGGUGCUCAAGUGUUGUGUAAUGGUUCUGUUUCUUUGCUGAGCCCAUUUACUGUCAAAAUAAAAAGGUCCCUCAUGCUCCUCCA